CAAGCCGAGCCCUUGGGUGUCCGUACCCUCACGCGGCAGCGGCUAGGAAACGUUCUUGCCCGACCUGUCCUUUACAGCGGCUGCCCCGAAUCUUCCGAAACCAAACGCUUCGGCUAGCUUUAGUCUAUAGUUCGUAAGGACUCUGCUGGGGAGGCUCCCUGGGUUUCUCCCAGCUACGUAGAUUGCGUGGCUCCUAUGGGGACCCAGUCUGCAGCCGAACAUGGUGAGGAGCGGAGGCGGGUGUGGGACGAUGCCCCCGGUACAGUGGAACAAUUCGGACAGAGGAGUCCUGAGCUGGAGGCACAUGCCCAUCUUCCUCUCGGACAGCGGUGGAAACUGAAGCCCAGAAAGGCUGAGCCGGCAGCGCAAGUCAGCGGCCGUCCAGGACCUCACGUCGCGCCAGAUCCCGACUGGGCCUCCUACAAGCUGGGGAUCUUCAUCUGUCUGCACUGCUCUGGCGUCCAUCGCAACUUCCCAGAGAUCAGCAAAGUCAAAUCUGUGCGACUUGACUUCUGGGACGAUAGCAUUGUGGAGUUUAUGAGUCACAAUGGAAACCUCCGAGUGAAAGCCAAGUUCGAAGCCAGAGUCCCAGCCUUCUACUACAUCCCCCAGGCCAGUGACUGCUCGGUCUUAAAGGAGCAAUGGAUUCGAGCUAAGUAUGAGAGACAGGAGUUUAUGGCCGAUGGGAAACCCCUUUCUCCACAAGGUAACCGAGAAGGAAUCCUGUGGAAGCGGGGAAGGGACAACGCACAGUACCUGAGGAGGAGAUUUGUCCUGCUGGCAAGAGAAGGCCUCCUCAAAUACUACACCAAGGAGCAGGAUAAAAGCCCCAAAGCUGUCAUCAGCAUCAAGGACUUGAAUGCCACUUUCCAGACAGAGAAGAUAGGGCACCCCCAUGGGCUGCAGAUCACCUAUGGGAGAGAGAGCCACACUCGGAACCUGUUCCUGUAUCACGAGAGCGGGAAGGAGAUCGUGGACUGGUUCAACGCUCUCCGAGCAGCCCGUCUGCAAUACCUAAAAAUGGCCUUUCCUGACCUCCCGGAGGCUGAGCUCGUCCCCCUCAUCACCAGGAACUACCUCAAACAAGGCUUCAUGGAGAAGACCGGUCCAAAGCAGAGAGAACCUUUCAAGAAAAGGUGGUUUUCCUUGGAUCCCCAGGAACGGAGGCUGCUCUAUUACAAGAACCCCCUGGAUGCCUUCGAGCAGGGCCAGGUUUUUCUGGGGAGCAAGGAGCAGGGAUAUGAAGUACUUGAAGAGCUGCCCAAGGGAGUCCGGGGAAAUCGCUGGAAAGCAGGCCUCACCGUCGUCACCCCGCGGCGGAGAUUCGUCCUCACCUGCCCCAGCGAGAAGGAGCAGCGGGAGUGGCUGGAGUGUUUACGGGAUGUCCUUUCCCGCCCCUUGACACCUCUCCACCUCCUCGGUGCACCCAUAGAGAGUGGGCGCAGCAACAGGUGACCUUCGGCUGAGGAGCUGGCCAGCCACCUGGUGCAAAGGAGAAGUUCUCACUCUGCCCCUCAUGCCCAGCAAGGGUGCCUGAAGCCUGCAGCCACCCCUGGCCAUGAGCAGCGCACAGACUGAAGCUGCAGUUUAUCUUCCUGCUCCCUGGGCCUUCCGCACUGCCCAGAUUUGGGGAGCUCAGGCUCCAGUACAGUACCUACCCCCCACCCAAGCACACCCAGGCUUGAGGCACCCUGAAGGCCCAGCACUUCCUCCGAUCUUAAAUAGGAGCAUGGAAAUGUAGGGGCACCCACAGCAUGGUACAAAUGGCAUCUUGCCCCAUAAGUAAAAGUUCAGUCUGAAUCUAACCAUAAGGAAUAUAGACAAAUUCAAAUUCACAGGGCUGGGGAUUUAGCUCAGUGGUUCCGCUGCCUGCCUUGCAAGUGCAAGGACCCAAGUUCGAUCCCUCGUACCAAAAAAAAAAAAAAAAAAGCAAAUUCACAUUAGGCAAUUCUACUAAACAACUAGCCUGGACUCUCAAAGAUACAGUCUGGAAAUUUGAGAUGAAAAAGGACUAAGAACUGGCAAUCAGAUGCAAUUCAUGGUUCUUGGUUGGAUCCUGGAUUUUAAAAAUCAACACCAGUUUUAGGCCUGGUGCUGUGUGUAUGUCUGAAAUCCCAGCACUUUGGGAGGCUGAGACAGGAAAAUGGCCAAGUUUGAGCCUCGCUUGGGAAACUUAGCAAAACCUUAUCUCAAAAUUUAAAAAUAAAAAUAAGCUGGGGACACAGCUCAGUGUGAAGGCCCCUGGUCAAUCCCCACUACUGCAAACAACAAAGAGCUACAGAGGAUACGACUGAGAUGAUUGAAGAAAUAUAAAUAUGGAUGUAUAUUGGCUAAUAAUAUUGUAAGACUGAUAAUCAUGCUGUAUUUGUAUGGGAGGACCACUGCUGAGGCAAAAACGUAGUGAUGCCUACAACCAAUUCCUAAAUGGUCCAACAAAACCUAAGUGUACAUAUACAUUUUUAAUGAACAGAGUAUAUGUGUGUAUAUUCAUACAGAUACAAAGAUUAUACAUGGGGGAGAGAGAGAACCACUGUGUAAAACGUCAGUGACUGACGAAUCUAGAUGAAAUAUAUGUGGACAUUUAUUUUCCUGUUCAUGCAAAUUUUGUACAGAUUUAAAAAUUUUCAUAUUG